AUAUUUUUCAGUUCUACAUUUUGAUAACGUUUUGCAAACAAUUGCAACACACAAACAAGCCGUUUACACACCAAGCUGGCAUCCCAGCCCGAAAUAAGAGACUCAAAAUUCACAACCCAAAAUUAGCUAAUCUCUCUCAAUUUGGCUAAUCUCUCUCUUUUGUCUCUCAAAACUAGGUUGUCCCUCCUACCAUUUCUCUCCAUCUUCCAUUUUUCACACUAGAGUUUUGUUCGCAUUGAGAAAAGAAAGCCUCAUCAUCUGGUAGUCCCCCCACCGGAAAGGCAGCCGAGAUAUCUCACACCCACCCAAAAAAACACCACCAAACAAUAAUUAAGAAUAUCCCACCCCCACCCCACACCCAAUGAGCAACAACAGCAAUAACAAUAUUAAUAAUAACAACAAUAACCAUACCAACAAUACCAGCAAUACCAGCACCAGCAAGGUUAACGGAACCCAAGCUUGCGCUGCAUGUAAAUACCAGCGCAGGAAGUGCGCCCCUGACUGCAUUCUCGCCCCUUAUUUCCCUCACGACCGCCACCGCCAGUUCCUCAACGCCCAUAAAUUGUUCGGCGUCAGCAACAUCACCAAAAUCAUCCGCAACCUUGACCCUCCCGACAAGGACCAAGCCAUGCGUACCAUCAUUUUCCAGUCUGACGUCCGCGCCUCUGACCCUGUCGGUGGUUGUUAUCGCAUCAUCCGUGACCUCCAGCGUCAGAUUGACUACACCCAAACUGAACUCGUCAUCGUCCUCCAACAGCUUGCCAUAUGCCGUGCUCAGGCUGCUGCUGCGGCCUCUGCUCAUCUUCAACCUCAGACACCGUUGCCUCCUGAUGUCGAUGAUUCGUUGACGGUUAAUUGUGAUAGUAUUAUCAAUCCUGAGGACCCUUUGAGCCAUGUUCGUGAUGAUUUUCAUGAAACGCGUGAAGAAGAAGAAUAUUUAGUACUUCAUGACGACCACGAUGACGAUGACAACAACAAUAAUAAUAAUAAUAACCAUGUUGUGCCAUUGCAUGAUAUUGCUGCAUGGGCCAUGCACGAUUCCAUGUCCUCUUCCUUGCAUGACAAGCAAGCUUUUGUGGACGAUUGUAAGCCGACUUUUCUUGACAUUGGUGGAGAAAGACUGGAGCUCAAGUUCGAUCAUGAAGAAGAAGCAAUUGGACAGAGGUUUGUACCAUUCAUAUUAUGAUCAGAUCAACCCCUAGCCUAGGCUCUAAGCUAUUCUUCCCAUUAAUUAAUUUCGAUAUUCUUAAUUAUUGGGGAACGUUUUUAUUAUUGGAAAAGUCUGGUGAGAAGGAAAAGUUGUCACCAAACUUGUCAUGAUGUUUUUUUCAUUUUCCUUUUUCUUUCAUUUUUUAUUUUUAUUUUUAAUUUAAAGUGAGAUG